GUUGCUCAAACCUGUGACGUAAUCGUUUUGUUUAGUCUUGCUCUUUUUGGGUUAAAUUGGUGGUUUUAGUUGUUUUCCUUGUUGGUGAAAGAGAAACCAAAAGUAAGAGAUAGCUCUUGAUUGAAAUAGUUUUUUCUUCAGGUGAUUGUUGUGGUUGAAUGGUGGGUGAAGAUUGUGGAACCUGGAUGCCCCAGGUGCAAUUUGAUUUGCAAUCAUCCAAUUUGAAUUCAUUUGGUGCUCCCCUUCAUGUGGGGAAGCAAAAUGCUACAUAUGCAGCUGUGAACCCGGGUGUGAAUGUGGUCACAAGAAAUGAGGGUGUGAAUGUGGUCACAAGUAAUGAGACGGUGUCACCCUCUGCACUACCUCCCUUGCAACUAGGAAGUGCUAAUGAACCUCAUGGUUGGUUUUAUUGUUUGCCUCGCUUCCGACAGGGAUUUACGCCUGCUCCGAGCUCCACUGCUGAGGUUAAACCCCCUGCUAGCCAUGGGAAAAGUUUAAGGGAUGAAAGUGUACCAAAUAGGGAUGAAAGUUUGCCUCAGAAGCGGUUCCUGGUCAUUGACCAAACAGGUGAUCAAACAACUCUCAUAUACAGUUCCAGGUUUGGGAGUCCUGUUGAGUGCCUUGCUUCCUGGGACUCAAAACUGCAUGGUCCCAACAAUUUGAAUACGCACAAUGAACCUCCUUUGAGAGGAGACGUGAAUAAUGUGGUUGGAGUUGGACCAGCUUUAGACGAUAAAGUUGAUGAAAAUCAGGGAACUGACACUGAAAGCGAGAUGCAUGAAGAUACAGAGGAGAUAAAUGCAUUGCUUUACUCUGACAGUGAUGGUUAUUCAUCUGAGGAGGAUGAAGUUACUAGCACAGGGCAUUCGCCUAGUACCAUGACCACUCAUGAUAACCCGGCACCCUUGUUAGGAGCCGAGGAAGAAGUUGCCAGCUCUCGUGCUGGAGAAGCAAAGAAGCGGAAGCGAGCCGAUGGGGAUGCUUAUGGUGAUCAUAUGCAGUUCAUGGACACUGCCAAUUCUCUGAAUCCGAACCGGCCCAUCGACAUUGAAGAUGAUGAUGCAGAAUCAAGAUGCUCUAGCGACAAUUUCAGUCAAGGUGAAAUGGGUUCCUUAACAGGCAAUAAGAAGAUGAGAAAGGAGAAGAUACAAGAUGUUUUAAGCGUUUUGCAACACAUUGUUCCUGGUGGGAAGGACAAGGACCCAAUCCAGCUCCUUGAUGAAGCCAUACGUUGCUUGAAAUCCUUGAAAGUCAAGGCUAGAGCACUUGGACUCGAUGCCUUGCAAGAUGGAGAAUUCUAAGCCUGCUACAUUGUUACUUAUCACUUAUGUAGUAGCAGCAUGUUAUUAUUAUAUUUUGAGUUUUGGUCUGCAGAAUAAACUAGGCAAUGGCACAUUCAUGCUUUAUCAGCAAAUGAGGUUCGGAAGAGGUGUGAAAUCUGAUUAUUGGAGUCUGAAAGUGUGAAUUCAACACACCCUUUACGCCCUUUUCAGUUAUUGAGAUUGAACUUCAGAAAUCAGCUGGUUUUGCCUAUGUAAUUUGUGUGUGAAAAGUGGGUGGAGAUAUUGACAAUUGAGGAUAUUAUGGUGCAAUAAAGGAAAUGUGAAUCAUCAUUAGUCCAUGUCUUAGGGGUUAGGGAAAGUAGCACUAACUAUGGCAUGGGAUAUGAGCUGUUUUGAAUGAGAAGACUGGUUGUUGUUCCAAAAACAAGAGUGCACGCCUCUUGGCUGUCAUGGGACCCAACCUCAAUUCCCCUUUUUGUAUCCUUGUUGUCAUCUUCAAUCCUUUGUGGGGUUUACCUUUUUCCCUGAUGUACAAUUUUCAUAUCAAGCCAAUUACACCUUCCCUUUUGUGAGAAGACUGAGACAACAACUCUGGUUAGAGGUGGUCCUCACAUAUUCAACAAUUUUCCACUUCAAGGAUGGUUUGGACUAGUAAAUGUAACUUGCUUAUGGGGAACUCUGAUCUUGUCUUGUGUUCUAUGUUAUGUUUAGUGCUAUUUUUAUGGGGUUCUUUUGUGUGUAUCGUAGUUGGGAUAUGUAUUUGUUAAAAGUAAAGAUGAUAUCUUUGUUGGA